AAGGGCGACUUGGAGGUAGUAUCCAACCCCGAGGAGGUACUGAGGCUAGAUGCUGAAAGUCCUUCAGAUAAACCUCCACAAAAGUAAAAACGCCUCAGCCGAGCUCCUGCUCAACAUAGAGGGAGUCGGCUACGAUGUGGCUCUAGUCCAGGAACCAUGGAUAGCGUCGGGCAACAUAGUCUCCGGUCUAAAGUCACAAAACUACAACACAUACAUCCCGAUUGUAAAAAAUAAGGUAAGAACAGCGAUAUUAGUCAAAAAAAGUAUAUGUUCUUAUAUUGAUCAUAAUCUCUCUUCAGACGAUCUGACAGUGGUGGCGCUGGAGGGCUGCAAGGAUGAGACGCUACUCUUUGGGUCCUGCUAUAUGCCACAUGAUGAGGAAGCACCACAAGCGGAACUUCGGAAGCUGGUAGAAACAGCUGCCAGAAAGAAGCAUGCUCUGGUGGUAGGGACGGACGCAAACGCACAUCACACAGUCUGGGGAAGUGCAGACAUAAACGACCGAGAUACAUAA